AUGGAUUUACAAAACUCUAACGGGUCAUCUGGGUCGGACAAGCAGAAGCCCAGUCUGAUAGACUUGGGGACGUUUUUCGUGGACGCUGACAUCAUUUUUGGAUUUACUAGUCAUCUGUUAAAGCGAAAAGCCAAGGUGGAAGGCUGUUCGAGCGGAGAGUCUUCUCUCUCACUUGAGCUGAGCCCGAGGAAGAGACUGUCAUUAGAGGAGGAAAGGUGUGCCAGCAGACCCCCACCUGAAGGCGCAGGAGCCGUGAGCCUCUCUGAAUCCGACAGGGAAGAGACUAAGCCAGAUCUGUGCAAGCAAUGUCAGAUGACUAUAGCUGAACUGAGGAGACAAGCUCUCGCUCUGUCCGACCCUGCUUCCUUUAAGGACCCUGGAUUUGCUUCCUUUAUCAUCGACCAGCUGCAAGUGCCCGAUUGGUCGCUGAAAGGCGGACAUGAAGGAACGAGGUGUCAGGUGUGUGGCACACCUGCACAGCAGCUGAAACAGCAGGCACUGCAGACUCUCCAAGAACUGUACCCUGUUUCUGACAUGCCGUCCCUGCCUCCCAACACCUUCCCUGGGCAUCCCACCAGGCUGAGAACAAACAGCGUGGUCACUCUUUCCUCCAGACCUACCAGAUCUAGGAUACCUCACCCAGCGCACAGUGUCCUGCCUGUGGGGGAGCGGCAGCGUGAGCAGGGCUGGUCUCAGAGCCCGUCUUCCAGCGCUGGGGCAAUAAAACCCAGCGUGCAGGUGACCAUGGGAGGAAGACCUCUGACGGGGACCAUCAGUUCAGUCACCAUUCAAGCCCAGCAGUACUUGGAGGGCAUGUGGAGCAUCUCACGUGUCAAUAACUUCCUGCCUCAGCCAAACCCGACACAAGGCCUCGUAGGUCAAGCAGAGCAGAACGAAUGGCAUUCAGAUGCCACCAUCUCCAGAGUGUCCCUGACUCCCUCCAGACAGAGAAGUCCGGUUCAUUUUGGCCAGGCUGUGUCUGCUUCCUCUGAUCAUCCCACUUCAGCUGCAGCAUCCUUUUUCAUCAGGGCUGCUCAGAAGCUGAAUCUGUCAUCCAAACGGAAGAAGCAGCAGCCGCCACUGGUAUACUCCCAGGAGCCCUCCAUCUACCCCACUAACUUUAGUGCUGUCCUUCAGUUUUCACCUCCACCUGCUCCACCAUGUCUGCUCAGGGCGGGGUCAAAGGCCAAGGAGAACCCUGGCAUGGGCAAGGUCAAAGUGAUGAUGCGGAUCUGUCCAUCACUGGGGAUUGUGGAUUCAUCCGAGUCCCUGUCCUUCCUGAAGGUGGACACUCGUAAGAAACAACUGACCCUCUACGAUCCCUCACUCAACACACAGCCCACCUCAGUGCAUAGACGAGCAGUGCUGCCCGCCCCAAAGAUGUUUGCCUUUGACACUGUUUUUUCCCAAGAUGCCUCUCAAGCUGAAGUUUGCUCAGGGACAGUGGCUGAAGUUAUUCAAUCAGUGGUUAAUGGAGCCGAUGGAUGUAUUUUCUGCUUUGGUCAUGUCAAAGUUGGCAAGACAUACACUAUGAUUGGCAUGGACAGCUCUACGCAGAGCCUUGGCAUUGCGCCCUGUGCCAUCUCCUGGCUGUUCAAGCUCAUCAACGAGCGCAAGGAGAAGACUGGCACGCGCUUCUCGGUACGGGUGUCAGCCGUGGAAAUCUACGGCAAGGACGAGAGCCUGCAGGACCUGCUUUCUGAUGUGCCCACAGGAAGUCUGCAGGACGGCCAGUCGCCUGGUGUUUACCUGCGUGAGGACCCCAUAUGCGGCACACAGCUCCAGAACCAGAGCGAAUUAAGGGCUCCCACUGCAGAGAAGGCCGCCCUGUUUCUUGAUGCCGCCAUCGCAGCACGUAGCACCAACCGGCCAGACGCAGAUGAGGAAGACCGCCGCAACUCCCACAUGCUGUUCACCUUACACAUCUACCAGUACCGCAUGGAGAAGAGCAGCAAGGGUGGAAUGUCUGGUGGUAGGAGCAGAUUGCAUCUGAUUGACUUGGGAAGCUGUGAGAAGGUGCUUUGUAAGAGCAGGGACGCAGGAGGAGGUCUGUGUCUGUCUCUGACUGCGUUAGGAAAUGUGAUACUGGCUUUGGCCAAUGGAGCUAAACAUGUUCCAUACAGGGAUAGCAAGCUCACCAUGUUACUGCGAGAUUCCUUGGGGAACAUCAACUGUAGGACAACCAUGAUUGCCCACAUCUCUGACUCCCCUGCCAAUUAUGCAGAGUCUCUUACCACCAUUCAGCUGGCCUCCCGAAUCCAUCGUAUGAGGAAAAAGAAAUCAAAGUAUGCAUCCAGUUCCUCUGGAGGAGAGAGUUCCUGUGAUGAAGGAAGGAUUCGUCGACCACCACAUUUGCGGCCCUUCCAUCCUCGCACUGUGGCCCUUGACCCAGAUCUACCAUCAUUCCUCAGUGAUCCUGACUACUCUUCAAGUAGUGAGCAAUCAUGUGACACUGUAAUUUAUGUUGGCCCUGGUGGUGCUGCCAUCUCUGAUCGAGAGCUCAGCGACAAUGAAGGACCCCCAGCCUUUGUUCCAAUCAUCCCCUCUCUUAACCGUAAGCAACGAGGGAAAGAAGGGCCAGUUGACUGUGAUCACUUCAAAUGUAACACCUUUGCUGAGCUUCAGGAGCGAUUAGAAUGUAUCGAUGGUAGUGAGGAGCCUACAGACUUUGUUGGAGAAUCUGGAGGAAAUUCUGCAAGCCCUAAAAUGGACCGUCAUGCAACCAAGUUGAAUGAAGGCUCUGGCAGCAUUUCAGUUUCUCCCAAGACUCCUACCAAAGCUCUCUUAUCAACACAGGACAGCAUAUCCAAAAAGUCCAUUACUGUAGCCAGUAAACUGCCUGGCAGUCCAAAACACAAAUCCAAAUUAGAACAUUCUAAGUUGCAAAGUGCCAUAUCGGACAAAGAUCUCAGAGACAUGUCUGAGAGUAGGACAAGUGCAGAUGGUGAAAAGGUGCAAAUGUCAGAAAAUGGAACGCUCCUAUGCACUCCAGGAAAACAAAUUAAACCAACAGUAUCCCAAAACUCAGAGCCUGUGGUUAGGGAAAAGGUUUUUUUCAGUAAAAAGUUACCCAAGCCUGCUCCCCCACCACCACAACAAAAAGAUUAUGUCAGGGUCAGUAGUAGUGAAAGUGAAGAAAAGUCUGCCACAAGGAUGCCACCAAUUGGGAUGAGUCAUCAAAAAAGAGGUGAUUCAAAUGAGAACUCACCGGUAAAACUCCAUCACUUUAAUUCCAGAACUUCAGGGGAAAUGAGGUCCAAUCUUAGGGAAAGGUGCAUGGAGAAGGACAUAUUAAGGACAACUGUAACCCUUAAACAGCCAGUGGAGCUAAAUGGUGAGGAUGAGCUUGUAUUCACUCUUGUGGAAGAGUUAUCAAUUGACAAUAUUGUGGACAAUGGAAGGCCCUCCAGUAUUGUAAGUUUCAAUAGUGAUUGCUCACUACAGGCCCUUGCCUCGGGAUCACGACCAGUAAGCAUCAUUAGCAGUAUCAAUGAUGAAUUUGAUGCCUAUACAUGUAAUGUUGGUAACUCAGAGGCAAACAUUAAAAUGGUGGCACCAUUACAGGAGAAAGCAUGUACUUCACUUGGCAGCCGUGGUUCUUCUAUCACUUCAUGGCUUAGUGAAGUAAGUGUCUGUAGUCUGGAGAGUGAAGGUGCCCAAACAGUAGAUGUCUUUCUCCCUCAAGGUACUCCUACCGGCCCAGACAGCUGCUUCUACCUUGAUUCUCUUAGGAUGUUCCAAAGCAGCCAUCAAAAGGAACCUAAAAACUCUUUGAAUGAUAGUGGCUGUAGCUUCUCAGAUUUGGACAGUGACAGUGCUAUAUCAGGCAAACUCUCUCUUAGCAAGUGCCCAUCCUCUCCAGAGGCCCCACAACAGUCUGCCGAAAGUUUACCAAAACUGGCAAAGGCAAAUACCAUUAAUUUAUCUGAUCCCAAGUCUUUUCAAGAUUCUCAAGUUGUCCAGUGUAGUCUUUCCAGGAAAUUAAAACCUACCUCAUCCACAGCCCAGAGUAGCAGUAUCAGUGGAAGCAGCUCCAGUACCAACUGGAGACGUGAGCCACCAAGGCAAGACUACAUACAAGAUCCAUGGCACCAAGUAGAUAGCUCAUUGGAGUCUUCUAUAACCUUUAAUUCAGGUUCGUCCAGACUGGUUAAACAUGGAAUGAGUGGAAUUCCUGCAAGAAAAGCAGGCACAAGCAGCAACAGUGGACCUCGAUUGCCCAAAACACUAGGGUCAAACCCAUUCCAAAGGGUGGUGGACGGAUGUGAAAAAUCCAGCAACAACAGGAAGAUGGAGUCCCCAAGCAAGAUGCCACAGCUCAGACGAGGCGCAACAACACUUGGGACAGUUCCAGUCAUACAUUCAUCCAUUGAUGUCAAGCUUGCUCAAGAUAUUGGUACCUCAGGAGGAAGUUUAAAGUUCUCCUCUUUAGGAAAAAGUGGAAAGUCAAGCAAGCAGGAGGAGAUUAUGUCAAAACCUGGCAAUGUAUCACCACCUCCUCCUCCAGUUCGCAAAUCUAGUUUGGAUCAAAAGAAUCGAAUCCUGUUUCCCUCAAGUGCCUUAAAGUCUGCUUAUGAUGCAGGAAAGUCUUUAGCACCAAGGGCUAUAGGUUUAGAGGAUGAUAUUGAUCUUAGCUCUAGAGGAGAUUCAAAUAGUUUAAGAACAUCUAACUUAAAAUCAGAGCAUAGUUUGAUAAAAGCAACCUCUAGUCUCAAAGCUAGAGGAGCUAGAUGUGAUACAGGACAGCUUUAUGGGAGCCAGAUAUCUCUAGACAGAUGUGACAGUUUGUCAUCUUUGGGGUCGAAACCUGCUCUUAGUCGAGAAAACAGUGGUGCUAGUCUCAACAGCAAGUCAAGCAAGUCUGUCGGUAGGUUUGGAUCACCUGUUGCCACCUAUUCCCCAAUUGCUACCUCUCCACCUUCUUGUAUAAACCCAGUAACCACUGUAAAAAGUGGGAUUGUCAAAGGCAGCCUUAACGCAAGACAAAUACCUGUUAAUGCAAAUAAAGCUCGUACAUUAUCUGCAAGCAACUCCAAAGCCCUGAGCUCAUCCAUUAAAUCUCUUGUGGCACCUGCAACAAGGAAUGCCAACCUUCCACCUUCAGGAAAGACUGCAUUACCUCGAGCAACAGUAGGAGGCAAUGGUAAAUCCACAAGAGGAACAAUAAUGGGUACCAAGCAAGCAAUGCGGGCAGCAAACAGUCGCGUCAGUGAGUUGGCAUUGGCCAAUCCUUCUGGGAAACAUACAAAGGGCUCAGGUGACUCUGACAGUGGCAAUGACAGUGGAGUGAACCUCAAUGAUGACCAGCAUACCCCAAUCCCCAUUCUCCCAUCCCCAUAUAGUAAGAUCACAGCCCCCAGAAGACCUCAACGCUACAGCAGUGGCCACGGAAGUGAUAACAGUAGUGUCUUAAGUGGAGAGUUGCCUCCUGCCAUGGGACGAACUGCACUCUUCUACCACAGUGGAGGGAGCAGUGGAUAUGAGAGCAUGAUCCGUGAUAGUGAAGCUACUGGUAGUGCUUCUUCAGCCCAUGACUCCAUGAGUGAGAGUGGGAUGUCCUCCUCUGGUCGCACAAGAAGCUCCAAAGCACCCAAGAAGAGGUCAAAUGGCCUCCAGAGGAGGCGUCUCAUCCCAGUUCCCUUACCGGACACCUCCUCCCUGGGGAAGUCUGGGACCACGGGUCAGUGGGUGGACCUUCCCCCUAUGUCCGGACCACUGAAAGAGCCUUUUGAGAUCAAAGUGUAUGAAAUUGAUGACGUGGAGAGGCUUCAGCGGCGAAGACAAGAAAAGACAGAUGAGGGCCUGAUGUAUUUUAACACUAAAUUAAAGGUUAUUGAGAAACGGCAGCAGCAAAUCAGAGAUCUUAAAGCCAAGCAUGAGACUCUGAAAGAAGAGCUGGAGGACACAAAGUCUAGAUUAAUGAUGGAUCCCAGCAAGUGGAGAUCUCAGCUUUUAGAAAGGGCCACAGUCCUGCACUCUACCUAUCAGAAGUGGACCCGUUACCACGGAGACAUUCCCGAGCUGCUGUAG